AUGUUACUCGGUGACCUUUCACUGAGUGUAUGCAUAUUAAGUAUGAGUUUCAAUAGCGAAUUAUAUAACAAUGCAUGGAACAAAGAAUUUGCUCUGUUAUACCAUAAUAAAUACCCUGCAAUAAGUCAAUGA